GCAACGCGAAACAGCCACGUAAACGUGAGCGAUCGUAGCAUUAGCGCUGCCUACGGCUUGCUAGCUGCCUCAGCUUCCUGUAUAGCUACAUCUUCCAGAUGUGCAGAUGAUGCUGCGCAGGUUUCCCAGGCCUUCAGUGAGACUGCCAGAGCUGUAAGAUGUCGAUGGUGUUGUUUGCCUCUGUGGUCCGGGUCAGGGAUGGCCUGCCUCUCUCAGCAUCUACUGAUUAUGAGCAGGACAAAGAGCUUCAGGAAACAAAGAGGCUCCUCAAAGGUCUGUCCAAGAAGCUCAGCCAGUUUCCUGACCACUGCACACUUAGGACUGGACCGUACAAUGUCAAUUUUACAAGCUCGCUGGGCGUUGGAUACCUGAUGGUAUGCACUGGAAAUUAUCCCAAUGUGUUGGCCUUCUGUUUCCUGGAUGAGCUACAGAAGGAGUUUAUUGUUACCUAUGACACCAAACGGAUCAACAGUGCCAUGCGUCCCUACUCCUUCAUCGAAUUUGACACCUUCAUCCAGAAGACCAAACAGCGCUACAAUAACCCUCGUUCCCUGUCCACCAAGAUCAACCUGGCUGACAUGCAGACAGAGAUCAAGCUGCGACCACCCUACCAGCUCUCCCCUGAGGAUCUGCGGGCUAUCAAUGGAUUCUCUGUGCACACACCUUUAAAGUACAAGGGCAUAGCUCCCACGCAGAUGUUGGAGCCAGUGACUCUCCCAGGCAUUGUAUCCUGUGUGCUGAGUGUCCUCUGUGGAGGGCUGAACCUGCUGCGAGGAGUCCACGCUAUAGAGAGCAUACUGCAGAAUGAUGAUGAAGACUUUAAUUACGUGAUUGCCUUCUUCCUCGGCACAGCAGCCUGUCUGUAUCAGUGCUACCUGUUUGCCUACUUCUCAGUCUGGAGGAACAGUAAGUCCUUCCUGGCCUUCGCGCUCAUCUGCCUGUCCAACAUGUAUUUGUAUGAACUAAGGAACAUCUGGCAGAUUCUCUUUCACGUGGCAGUGGGCGCCUUCAUGACCCUGCAGAUCAGACUGAGGCAACCGCUAGGCAAAGCACCAGACUACAAUGUCUGACAAAAGACCUUAAAUUCAAAGGACAAAUGGACUGUCUGGAAAUACUGGUGACAAAAUGGAGACAACAAAAACAAGCCUCUCAAUUCAGGGAGAAAAACCAAGAGAUCUCGCAGCAACGCAGCAGUCGUGUUCAAUAAACCCUAGCAGCAGUGAACAGAUCUCAGUCUGUACUCUCUGCUGCAGCCUGAAUCAUU